AUGGUGGAGACGGCGGUGAGCAAGAAGACUGAGGAGAAGUCCGGGCAGAAGGAGGAUGUGUUCUUCGAGGACGUGCUGGAGCGGUGCUGCGGCACCGGCCGCUGGCAAACGCUGCUCAUCGGGUACAUGUCCAUCUUGUGGCUGCUCUUCCCCGCCUUUUCCAUGUCCAUGAUGUUUGUCGGCGCCACGCCCGAGUUUAAGUGCGCCGACGGCUUCGCCGCCAACGCCACUUUCGCCUCCUUGCCGUCCGAUACACCGCGCUGCCGAGAGGCCAACUCCACCGCCGCCUGUCAGCGCUGGGUGUUCGACCGGUCCGUGUACAAGUCGACGGUGGUGACCGAGUGGAAGCUGGUGUGCGGCCGCAAGCCGCUGCUCUCGCUGCUGCAGUCGUGGCUGAUGAUCGGCGGCUUGUUCGGCUCGGUGGUGGGCGGCCACAGCCAGCAGGUGCUGAUUCUGGAGCUAUGCAGCACCGAGCGGCGCGCCGCGGUCGGCUUCAUGACCUUCAUGCCGUUCGCCUUCGGCACCUGCCUCAUCGCGCUCGGCUCGUACCUGAUCCGCACGCGCUGGCUGCUCCAGCUGGCGUACGCCGUGCCGUGUCUUAUCUUCUUGUUCAACUUUUGGCUGAUGCCCGAGUCGCCCCGCUGGCUGGUGCUGCAAGACCGGUUCCCGGAGGUGCUGCCGGAGGAGGAGAUGCUGCAGGUCAUGGCGGAGGCACGGAGCAGCACGCUGUCCCGCCAGGCCACUGCGAAGACCGCCGGCGGCCACGGUCCGCUGCAAAUGGUGCUGAAGUUGGUCCGGACGCCCGGCAUGCGCCGCCGAACACUCAUCACCGUCUUUCUCAGCUUCAUCACCGCCGUCUCCUACUUCGGCAUCACGUUCGACACGACGCAGCUGGCGGCAAGCCCACAUCUGGCGGCGGCGUUCUCCGGCCUCGCCGAAAUCCCCUCCAGCUUAGUGUUUCCCCUGCUGGACCGGCUGGGACGGCGGCCCUCAGUGAUCCUCGUCCUGUGGCUGCAGGCUGCCGCCAUGAUUCUCACCUUCGCGCGGAAGGACGCCACGCUCUGGCUGGCGCUCGGCGUGGUGGCCAAGACCGGUAUCUCCUCUGCCUAUCACACUAUGUCCGUGUUCACGGCCGAGCUGAUGCCCACCGAGGUCCGCUCGCUGGCCGAGCUGCACGAGAGCGCGCCGUCGGCCGUGUUCGGCGGCCUCGCCCUGUUGGGCGGUCUGACCGGCCUGCUCCUGCCCGAAACUAACGGCCGCCCGAUGCCGGAGACGGUGGCCGAUGUAAAUGGCCAGCCGCUGUCCGCCGCGCCAGCCGCUAAACACGUCCACACCAACGAGGCGUACCAGGGCGCCGACGAGCCAUGA